AUGUCGGUUGUGACCACAUGGGUUUGGAUGGGACGGGACGCACUAACCCAUGAACUCCAGCCAAGAAAAGAUCGCGAACGGUCUUUAAUACUUGUGCAUCUGAAGUUUGAACCCGUACUUAUGGACAAGUAG